AUUGCCUCUGCUUCUCACUGCACAACACAGCACAGCACAACUUUCUCAUUCUUAUUUACUGCAUUUGGGACCUCUUUCUCUCUGAACUUUCUAGACCAAGCACUCUCUGCUGCUGGUGUUCUGAGAAAAUGCUGAGGAAGAGGGCAAGAUCAAUUCAUAAGGAUCAAAAUCACAAGGAUCAGAGGACAAUGAUCUCUGAUGCUGAUUAUGAUUGCAAUUCAUUGGAGGGGACGAACAUAAAAAACAGCUCAAUUUUCAAUGCUCCUCUUGUGUUUGUUGGAAUGGGUCAGAGAGGGGUUUUAGAUUCUGAUUCAGUUAAGAGCCCCACUUCUCCACUAGAUUUCACAUGGAUUUCAAAUCUAGGAAACCCUUUUGUUAGGACCCCAAGAUCUUCACUCCAUGAAGGGAAACAACAAAGGAUUUGGGAUUGUAACAACAAAGUAGGUUUAGGGAUCAUAGAUUCUUUGGAGUUGGAAGAUAAUAACUGUUCUGAGUUUUCUGGGAAAAUUCUCUUUUCAUCAGAGAACAAAAAGCCUAGCCUCACUCCACAGAUGAUUAUCAAUGCCCCAAAUUGCAGAACAUUUGUGGAUUCUGUUAAGGUAUCUAAGUCCUUGCCAAAAGAUUUUUGCAAGCUUCCUUAUACUAAGAAUAGUGAGGAUUCCUCUCACAUGGGUAAAUUUAAUGUUCUUUAUGAGAUUGGUGAAACCAUCCAAGAGCAUGCACCUUUUGGGAAAACUAGGUCCUUCUCAUUGGACUCUUUCACCCUGAUUGAUUCCAAUGUGGAUUCAGAUUCUAAGGAUUUCGGUUCAAACCGAGAGAUCCGUCCUCCUCAUUUUAUUGGAGGGAGCAAGAAUUCAAACACAUAUCUGCCUGAAGCCGCCUCCAUCUGCUCCUCUAAUGAGAUUGUGAAGUUUCUAUCAACUAGUGAGAUUGAAAAUUCUGAGGACUACACCUGUGUGAUCUCGCACGGUCCCAGUCCGAAAACCACUCACAUUUUUUGUGACUGCAUCUUGAGAACUCAUUCCAAUGAUUUUAAAAACCACUAUAAUGAAGGGGAGGAUAAAGGAGUGUCCUCCAUAGUGGAGGACAACAUGUUACAGACUCCAAUCCAGUGCCCUUCUGGUGAUUUCUUAAGUAUCUGCUACCAUUGCAACAAGAAACUCAAAGAGGGUGAAGAUAUUUACAUAUAUAGAGGUGAAGAGUCGUUUUGCAGUUUAGCUUGCCGUGAGAUGGAAAUCAUGAUCGAUGAGGCGAGACAGGAAUCAUCGAAUUCAGCUUCUCAAAGCCCUCCGAAGAUGGGAUAUCAUGGGGAUAUUUUUGAGCUAGGCAUCCCCACGGCCAUUGCGGUAUAGAGGCUGCGGCCAGCGGCGCCCUUUUCUGCAAUCAUCAUCAGGUUCACGAGAGUGGUAAACAACACCUGAUCAUCUGUUCACAAAGUGCUGUUCUUUAUGUGCAUCUAUUAGCAGCCAUGGAUGAUUUUUGUGUGUACAUCAUUUGUUUACCAUUGGUUUUUAAGCUCUCAUGGUGUUUGGUGGAUGAUGGCUAUGAAUUCAAGAUUAAUUUUGGUUUAUUUCCAUGUAUAACUGAGAUUAUAUAUUAUGAAAUUUAUAUGCUAGUCUAGACUAGAUUUGUUUUGAUGCAGAAAAGAAGGGGUUGAUGUUGAAGCCAAUUUUUUGUGGCUUAUCCCCAUAAUGAGUUUGCAUCUAUAUAUUAUUAUAUUAUGAUUUAAGAAUCAAUGUAUACCCGCCAAACAAAUUGUUGACUAUAUUGGUAUGCUAAUUAUUUACUGUUGUAGUUUAUAUCAAGCUACCCCCUUUUGAAUCAAUGAGAGAUGGUUUUUAUUGUGGUUUA